AUGGAAAGUUACGACCUGCCCGGGGAUAUUGACGAGACCAUGCAGCAGCUGGUGCAGGGCGGGCUGGAGCCUGGCUCAGGCAGGUUUGAGGAGAUUCGGGCAGCUUUGAAGGGAGGAUGCUGCUGUGAAAGGUGUGGCGAGUGGGUGCGUCUCCCCAUAGGCACCCCCUGCGCGCACCUGCUGUGCAUCACGUGCAUGGCAACCGACAAGCACGCGCCGGGCUGUUCGAGACGGUACCGCAUGCAGGAGCCCAAGGACAUGAAACGUCCUAAGAAUGCGAACCCCAAGUGGAGCGUGCCACAAGACCUAAUCGAGCUGCAGCCAUCGUAUGAACAGGGAGUUGCAUCUGGAGUGGCAGACGACAGCCAGCACCAAGGUGGAUUACCUUCUCUCCCAGCUGCGCCUGCUCGCUCCCAUUCUCCACUUCUCUUUCACCUUUCCUCGUUCUCCUCCCCCCCUUCCUCUCAGAGGGAGUGGCAUCUGGAGUGGCAGGCGACAGCCAGCACCAAGGUGGAUUACCUGCUCUCGCAGCUGCGCCUGCUCGCUCCCCCUCCUCCUCCUGCCCCUCCUCUUCCCGGCAGCAAGCUGUCUGCCCCUCCUCUCUCCACUGCAUCAGCUCCACUAUACCCACAUGUAGGACCACCACUGUUGUCACAUUCAAUACAGUCACCAUCAGAAGCAGCACAGCCACGCACGGUACCACACACUGUGACGCCCUCACCACCAUUGGGAGAUUCAAAUGAGCCGAUGGAUAGUUGCGCGGAGUCAGAGCACGGAGAGGGGGCAGCAAAUGGCUGUGCUGCCCAUGCCAUGGGGGCACAAGGCCCUGUGGCUGCUGGGGGGCUUGGAGGGGAGAGGGACGGAUAUGGUAGGGAGAAUAGGAGAUACGAUGGCGAGAAGGCGAUAGUGUUCACGCAGUUUCUGGAGCACAUCGCACUGCUGGAGGCGCAGCUUACACUCGCCGGUGUCAACUUCGCUGGCCUUUACAACCCCAGGCCUCAAUCCGACAAGAUGCAGGAGCUGCUGCGCUUCCAGCACGACCCGGCGUGCCGCGUGCUUCUAAUAGAUGGCCCGGGGUCGCCCGGUCUCGACCUCUCCUUUGUGUCACGCGUCUUCCUCAUGGAACCCGUGUGGGACCCCAGUGUGGAGGAGCAGAUGGUGUCUCGAGCGCAUCGCAUGGGCGCCUCUCGGCCAAUCACGGUGGAGACAUUGGCCAUGGCAGGCACGCUGGAAGAGCACAUGCUGCACAUACUGCAGCGGGGCGCAGGCGAAGCAGACGCAGGCAAGGGAGGCAGUGGCACGCAACGCCGUCCUGCUGGCACUGAAGCUCGUCUGCCCUCCUCUCCUUCCCGGUGCUUCCCCUCUUCAUUGCAGCGUCUGCCCGACCGCGGGGUGCAGGCAAAGCAGCGCCAAGCAAGGGAAGCCGUGGCACGCAACGCCGUCGUGCUGGCACUGAAGCUCAUCUGCCCUCCCCUCCUUCUUGGUGCUUCCCCUCUUCAUUGCAGCGUCUGCCUGACUGCGGGGCGCAGGCAAAGCAGCGCCAAGCAGCUGGAAAGCGAGAGAAUGGGGCAGGGUGAUGGAAAUCGGAAGAAUGGGGCGGGGUGCUGGAAAGCGGGAGAAUGGGGCGGGGUGAUGGAAAGCGGGAGAAUGGGGCGGGGUGAUGGAAAGCGGGAGAAUGGGGCGGGGUUAUGGAAAGAGGGAGAAUGGGGCGGGGUGAUGGAAAGAGGGAGAAUGGGGCGGGGUGAUGGAAAGCGGGAGAAUGGGGCAGGGUGA